AACAAAGAUGGCGGACGAUUCACGUUUUCUAUUYAACUCUCGUCGUUCUUCAGUCUUAUCUCUCAAUGGAGCAGUGGCUUCAAGUCAACCUUUAGCCUCGAGAAUAGGAGUACAGAUUCUUAAACACGGUGGUAAUGCUGCUGACGCUGCAGUUGCUGUUGCUGCAGCGCUGAAUGUUACUGAGCCCUGUAGCACAGGAAUUGGUGGAGACGCUUUCUGCUUGUUUUAUGACUCACAGAAAAAAACUGUUAGAGGGAUCAAUGGAAGUGGAAGAGCACCCUCAAGGCUUACAUUGGAUCUGUUACACAGUAAGGGUUUAGCCCAUCCAAACACAAUACCUCGAUACUCCAGUCAUGCCGUCACUGUACCUGGUGCUGCUGCAUGUUGGGUUGAUACUAUUGAAACAUUUGGAAGCAAAAAGUUAAGUUUAAUGGAAAUUCUUCGGCCAGCAAUCAGYUUAGCCAAAAAUGGUUUUUCAGUUCAUCAUACUGCAGCUGCAAUGUGGAAAGCUAAUUCAGAAUGUCUCAUGAGCCCAGCAAACAAACAUGGGCAUGUAAUGCUCCUUGAUGGCAGGUCACCAGAAGAAGGAGAUGUGAUGAAAAUGCCGCAGUUGGCUCAAACGUUUAAGGAACUAGCAACCAAUGGCAAAGAUGGUUUUUACAAAGGACGCAUAGCAAACGCUAUUGUCAAUGUUGUAAAGGAACAUGGAGGAGUUAUGGAAUUAGAUGAUCUUGGUUGUCAUCAUUCCACAUAUGACCAACCAAUUUGCACUAACUAUAGGGGAAUAAAUAUCUGGGAAACGCCGCCAAAUGGACAAGGAAUCACAGCUUUAAUGGCGUUGAAUAUACUUGAAGGAUAUGACUUAAAAGGUAUGGGUCACAAUUCUGUAGAAUAUCUUCACACGKUAACAGAAGCACUAAGUCUGAGUUUCGCGGACUCCCUGUGGUACACAGCAGACCCCAGUAAAGUACACGUUCCAAUCAAAGAAAUGCUAUCUAAAGAUUAUGCAGCGAAAAGAAGAAAAAUGAUCAAGAAAGACAGGUGUCUAGAUGAAUACCAUCGUGGAACACCAUUCUCUAGCUCUGAUACCGUAUACUUUACUGUUGUUGAUGAACAAGGCAAUGCUUGUUCAUUCAUUAAUAGUAAUUAUCAAAAGUUCGGUACCGGUCUUGUACCUGAAGGUUGUGGCUUUACUUUACACAACCGAGGAUGCAGUUUUUCUCUCGAUCCGUCUCAUCCAAACGUAGUAGCUCCCGGCAAAAGACCCUACCAUACGAUAAUACCGGGGAUGGCUACAUAUGCCAAUACCGGGGAACUGUAUGCUAGUUUUGGAGUGAUGGGCGGCUUCAUGCAACCUCAAGGACACGUUCAGGUAAGAUCAGGAACUUUUAAGCUGCUUAUUGAACCUCAACAAGCACUAGACAUGCCUCGCCUGUGUAUCAGCCCGGGUCGUCAUGGCCCCAUAUUCCUAGAGGACGGAAUUCCCGAACACGUCGCAAGAGGGCUAAGAGAAUUAGGRCACAACGUGGAAAGUCCCAUCGUGGGACAUGAUAGAGCAGUAUUUGGUAGAGGUCAGAUUAUCGCUAGGAGGAAAGGCCACGCGAAGGGAGGAGGAGAUAUGGUUGUUUAUUGGACGGGAUCAGAUCCUAGAGGUGACGGAAUGGCUAUUGCUUACUAGAACCAAGGUCCAAUCAAUGGCGGACCAAAAUAGGGUUCMAAUAUUUAUUGAUUUAUGUGUUGGAUACCAGCAUCUCCACCGAGCCCCCCAGAGACCGGAAAUACUCGAUAUUGGGAAGCACGGGUUCCAGCUGAGGUGACCGCAUUCCCCUAAAGGGAUUUAUGGAACUAACUAU